GCAUGCCACUGGGCAGCUGGAGGAGCACACAAAAAGCACCAACUGAAAGAGUCUCUCCAUUGAAAAACACCUAAGGAGUUCUGGAAUUUCUGAACCAGCAUCUCUCUGCAAUACACAGUCUUUUAACUUGCCCUAGUAUGAGCCUAACAUUUUAAAGGAGAAUAUAUAAAAAACUGGCGGCCAAGAUAUUUCCUGCUAAAGACAGAUGGCUCUUUCAUAGGCUAUAAGGAGAAGCCCCAGGAUGUGGAUCUGCCAUAUCCACUCAACAACUUUUCUGUGGCAAAAUGUCAGCUAAUGAAAACAGAGCGACCAAAGCCAAACACAUUUAUUAUCAGAUGUCUUCAGUGGACCACUGUUAUAGAGAGGACGUUCCACGUAGACACUCCGGAGGAACGGGAAGAAUGGACAGAAGCAAUCCAGGCUGUAGCAGACAGACUUCAGAGACAAGAAGAGGAGCGAAUGAACUGUAGUCCAACUUCACAGAUAGACAAUAUAGGAGAAGAAGAGAUGGAUGCUUCAACAACUCAUCAUAAAAGAAAGACAAUGAAUGAUUUUGACUAUUUAAAACUACUGGGCAAAGGCACGUUUGGCAAAGUUAUCCUGGUCCGAGAGAAGGCUAGUGGCAAAUACUAUGCUAUGAAGAUUUUGAAAAAAGAAGUCAUUAUUGCAAAGGAUGAAGUGGCUCAUACACUUACAGAAAGCAGAGUAUUGAAAAACACCAGACACCCUUUUUUAACAUCCUUGAAAUAUUCCUUCCAGACAAAGGAUCGUUUGUGUUUUGUGAUGGAGUAUGUCAAUGGAGGAGAGCUGUUUUUCCAUUUGUCGAGAGAGCGGGUGUUCUCAGAGGACCGCACACGCUUCUAUGGUGCAGAAAUUGUCUCUGCCCUGGACUAUCUGCAUUCUGGGAAGAUUGUGUACCGUGAUCUCAAGUUAGAAAAUCUAAUGUUGGAUAAAGAUGGACACAUAAAAAUUACAGAUUUUGGACUUUGCAAAGAAGGAAUCACAGAUGCAGCAACUAUGAAAACAUUCUGUGGUACUCCAGAAUACCUGGCACCCGAGGUAUUAGAAGAUAACGACUAUGGUCGUGCAGUGGACUGGUGGGGAUUAGGAGUUGUCAUGUAUGAAAUGAUGUGUGGAAGAUUACCGUUCUACAACCAAGAUCAUGAGAAACUAUUUGAACUGAUACUAAUGGAGGACAUAAAAUUUCCUCGAACCCUGUCUGCAGAUGCAAAAUCAUUAUUAUCAGGCCUACUGAUAAAGGAUCCAAAUAAGCGACUUGGUGGAGGCCCAGAUGAUGCAAAAGAAAUCAUGCGUCAUAGUUUCUUUGCUGGAGUAAACUGGCAAGACGUAUAUGAUAAAAAGCUUGUACCUCCUUUUAAACCUCAAGUGACAUCUGAGACAGACACCAGGUAUUUUGAUGAAGAAUUUACAGCUCAGACUAUUACAAUAACGCCGCCUGAAAAAUAUGACGAGGAUGGUAUGGACUGCAUGGACAAUGAGAGGCGGCCGCAUUUCCCUCAGUUUUCCUACUCUGCAAGUGGACGAGAAUAACUUUUUUGUUCUGCUGCUUCACUGUCAUCUUAGGUUUAUCACUGAAAAUGAUUCCUGAACAUCACCACCAGUACUAGAUACUAUUAUGAUAGCAGGGGCACUUUCAGAGACCAUUCCAAAUUGAACAAGUUUCUUUCCCAGACCUACCUAAAAUCAGUUUUGGUUUUGCAUGACAUAUGAGAUUUUUCUCUACUACGCUCUCCUGCUGUUGCUGCUGCCCACAGUCUCAGUAUAAUAGCAACGUCAAGAAGUUACUAACAGUUUCUUUGAAGGUAGAUGACUUGACUUCAGCACUGUAAACUUUGUGAACAAGUAGUCAUCUAUUUUUCCUCACAGCGGAGGCUAAACAAAAACCGUGUUGGUCCAGCUUAUCUUCUUCCAGAAGACGAAUCAAAAUUGUAAUUAGUCGAAACAGACUAGGCUAUAAAAUUUUCUUGCAUCUGUUUGUGCUGGUUAGAAUGAGGAAACAUUGGGGUGGUGAUGUACAUAUGCAAGGUUUCUGUUAGGCAUAUCAUUACUUGAAGCAGGUCUCUGUCAUUAACAUCUGGCUGGAAUUUGUUUGGGAAAUGUCUGAAAGAAGGACUUAAACUGUUGAUAUAUAUAAAUAUAUAUAUAUUAUUUUUUAAUUACUGUUGGAUACUACAGAAGAAGCAGAAGGGCUGGGCUCGCCCAGCCUGCCACUUAGAACUUCCAGGUUCAUGUGCAAUCAUGGAGAAUCGAACAUUAUACAUGCAAGAAAUGAAGGCAUAAAAGCAGCAUUUGAAGUUGUUCAAGGGGUCUUAUAAUUUGCACCAGAUAACAUCUUUCUCAUGCUUUUCUCUUUCAUGAUAUGCAUCACCUCUGAUGGCUGAAGAAUGUAGACAGGCAUAAUGGUAUUGCUUUUCACCAAAAUGUGUGCACCAAGGUAAACAGGUGUUUGCCUUACUUGUUUUUAUUUUGAGUUUGUGAAUUAGCUUUUUUCUCCAGGUGUUUAACUCUGAAUAUUCUUUUUUGCUUUCCUUUCCUUUUUUUUUCCCCCCUUGGUUAUACUGCGUUAGUAUUUAUUUUUAGAGAUAAGGUUUAUAUGUGUCAUGUUUGCAAAUGCUGCUACAUCUUAGAACAGGCUUAUAGCAGUUAAUUUUGUAAUAUAUGGAAGGACUGUACAAGCUGAAGGGAAUAAUGCACUUUUCUCCCAUGUGGAAAUUUUAACAAGGCUCUGAAAUUGUACAUACUGCUUAGAAUCAGAUUUUUGUGAAUGAAAUACUGUCUUUUAACUGUUUGGCAAUGGAGGUGAGGAAUUCCAACCUCAUGUGCCAAAGGGUUAAAAACAAACAGACAAAAAAGCUACGUCUUGUGCUCCAUUUAGGAUAAAUGUAAUGUAAGAGCCUGACAGCACAAGAGAAAAAUGUCUGUUCUAUAUGAAGGAAUUGCAUUUGAACAAUGAGACCACAGUGAUUACAAGAAAAGCACUUUAUUUUAUUAAUUAAAAUAGCAAAUUUCUGGGAUCAGCCGUUCUCAAGGAAGAUUUGCCCUCAACCAAAAGAGUCCUGAAAUCCAGCAAGUUACAUGUAACAGUGGUACCUGAUUGACUGAAUUUAAAACAUCAUGACAAAUGCUCCACUGAUAGGGAAACGUCUUUCCAUUUCCUAAGAUCUGUGUCUAACAGAACAUGUGCAUAAACUUUAGCUCUGAUCUUCAGCAAUGAUAAUCUUAAUAAUAAACCCUUUGGUGCUAGGAGUUGGGACGUUACGCCGUGCAGCGUACAGAGCGCACGCACCCUUGCUAACAUCGGACAACCCCAACUCCAUGGGAUUAUCAUUUGAAGUAUCUCUGCGUUCAGCUCUUGUUAGCUCCCACAAAGACUGUGAUAUUGCUGAGUAUUCCUGGUUGCGUUGUGUGAGUGAGUAGAUGGGUCUGAGAGGAGAGAUGUUCUACGCAGAUGCCUUAGCCUCUUGAUGUGGAAAGUUGAGUGCCCAAGCAUGAAGCCCACUGCUGGCAGUGCAUGUGCUGGGAUGGUCAAGGGGUUGAUGGGCAUUUUAGCAAGGCAGCUAAAAACGCAGAGUAAUUUAGACAAUUUUUCAUGUUUUGUGUUUUAUCUUUAGUAAUGGAUGGAUAAUCAAACAGAAAUAUGUCAUGAUGUAUAUUGUAACUGCAUACGAUGUCAUUAUGUCACCUUGUAACACUAAAGAUGUGUAGAUGUUGUUCCUGUGCAGAGAGAGAGAUGGGCAGCAAAUGAGUUGCAGGUCUGUUCUGCACCAGUGCUGUAGAGGUGUCUACACUGACACAGCGAGCGAGUGACUGAAAUAAUCAAGUACUUAACAGACGGGCAUUAAUUAGUUCUCUGCAAAGGUCUCGUACUUACAGACUGAAACUAUGGUGAUUCAAAAUCUGUGUUACAUGCCUGUGUUUUCUCCCCUGUGUUUUCAGCUUGUAAUAGCAAUAAGUCUCUUGACACAGGGCACCUCUAGCUAAUGACCGACUGGCCCUGCCUCUGGUCAGCCGCUCCUUGCGGGCAGAGGACGCCCUGUGGUUUAGCUCACCAUGGCGUAGCUACUUAGUGUGUGGUUUGCAGUAAGUGUCUGUCAGUGAAUUAUUUGAAAACCUUUUAAGACAUCACUUUGCAUUGUGUUUGUCUGCCUUUCGAAACAUCAGUGAUCAAGUUUGUGCUACAGAGAGUCAGCAGACACUUUGUGCUGCCUGGGCUUGGGGGAUUCUCUCUUACCAGUGUUAGAAACAGGUGACAGAGGAAUGGACAAGCAGUGCUGAGAGAAACUUUUGAAGCUCUUCUUUUGCUGUCUGCAGUUGUGGUUGGAUUUGGACAGGAGAUGGUGGCUGGUUGUCUUGGCGAGCCUUUCGAGCACAGUACAUUUCAGACUUUGACUCCAGCUUGUACUGACUUCCAUGACAUACAGUAUGCCCUCUUGUACUGCAGCCAUCUCAGAGGAAAUAGGUCAUUUCUGUUUGGAUUUUGGCAGUUUUGCACACAGCUUCGCUUUCCACACUAAUCCAUCUUCCAGUACAUUCCUGUUGCUUAAAGAACAUUUAUUCCAGGAUUGUUUUACAUUUUUUUUCCCAUCUUUACUUGUGGCUUCUUAAAGCUGACUGUUCUUGCAGGGGCCAUGUGCUUCUCCUAGAGUACAAAAGUAAGGUCUUUCCUUACUAACUGCAGGGUCUAUAUAUUACACCUCAAUGUACACACUUUGCUGCUACUGUUUGUACUGUCUACAGUAGAAUUUCCUUAUCUUGCUCCUGGUAGUGCAUUACAGGCAAGCAUGAAAUGUAAAGUAUUUAUUUAAAUAAAAACCUCUAAAUUGGUAAUUGAAUUACCUCCCUGUAGCUUUAGAGUUUGUGACAUUUCUUGACCUUGCUAGUUCUUUCAUUAGAUCCAUGCAAGAUCUAGUCAUAUGGUUAAGGAUAUUAAGCAGACACGACUAUGAACCCAAGAAACCGUAUUACUGUUGGUCAUACUUAAACUGUUUAUUUCCUUAAGUAUAUGACCCACAAGGAUGUGAAAUAACUACAAGAAACUGUUUUUGUACACUGUACAUCCUUAGUAUUUUUACACGUAUAUGAUAGGGAUGCACAUUAUUUUCCUUCGUACAGACAGCUUAAAUAAAGCACUAUGUCAAUCUGCUACUUCUGUGUUUUUUAAUGCUAAUUUGUUCUGGAGGUUUGUAAAUAUAUAUAUAUAUAUAUGUUCAAGCUUGCCACAAAGGACGUAUUUUUUAUAUCUGCACAUUACUAUUAAAUAUCUUAGGGGAUAAAAUUCCUAAGUUGUUCCGUGUCAGAGAAAAAAAAAAGGAAAUGAGAAGGCUAUAUUGCAGAUUACAAAAGAUUUCUCAAGUUUUGGGUUAAAUAUUUACUUCAUAUUUUAAAGUAAUUUUGUAUAGGUUAGAUGUUUCAAUCCUGAAAUGCACAAAGAAUUUACUUAAUUUCUUCUUACAAGAAAAUGUACAUCGUUAUUUUUUUAUCACUGUAUAUAUAAUGAUCUGUGCAUGUUUAGUUACAAGUUUUAUUUGCUGUGAAGUCCUAGUGAUAACUGUAACUCGCUGUGACAUAUUUCAAAUACUGGGUGAAUGGUUUCAGCUUGUAAAUUAUUAAGUUACAGUAUUGUCAAAAAAAAAAAGUUUUUAUGACUAAGCAAGAUGUAUUUGUGCUUUGGACGGAGGCUGUUGCCAUACAGGUGGUUCAUGUUAACUCUAUGAGGUGUAUGUCCUUAUAAAAGUAAAUUUGGGUUACACUUUUGAAGCAAUGAUUCCACAGGGCUAUGUUCCUAUCAGAACAGCCAUGAUUUAAGUAAUUUUCAGCUAAUGAAAUUCUUGGCCUCAUAUUCCACAGCUAGGUGAUGUGUUUGGGUAAGGAGAAGGGAAAAAAGUGAAGGUGGGAUUUACAGGGCACCAUCGAGUGGGACCCUUUGAAGCCCAUGAGCUGGUCCAGGGCCAUUUGAACCAGCCGAUCUGGAGGGCUGAGUGUCCCUAAAGCAGGGGGUCAUCUGGGUUUUAGCUGUUCUUUUACAUGAAUGCUUCUCAGGAAUAGAGGUGCUUCAUCCAGGUCUCAGGUUUUUUCCUUUUUUUUUUUCCUCCUUUUUUUCUCCCCCACCUUGUAAUAGGAAAGAGCAUCAGAGAGACAGCCAGCCAUAGUUCAGUGAUAUUAGGAUGUCAGUGACCAGGACGCAGCUGUGGCAGGGGCAGGACUGUAUGGUCAGGUUGCAUCCUGUGUUGUGGAAUCACACUCAGUCUGCUGACCUGGGGUUUCCUGGAUUUGAUUGUCUGAACUGACACUUGUAAACUUUGUAAAACUAAGCAUUUUAUGCUGAAAUAGAAGCAGGGGAGGGAGGGGGGCGGGGCAUGAGACAGAUAGGCUUAGUGCUGUCUCUGUUAAUGACUAAUUGAAGUAGAAUAGCUGCUGCAGGGAAAAUGAUUCCUUCUAGACUCCUGGCAACAUAAUGGGUUGCACCUACAUCUGGGAUGAGUAUGAAAAACCUAAUUCCAGCUAUAGAUACUGGCAGCCCAGGACCCUUUGUUGAAUCAGACCCGUACAUGCAUGUGAGUGGCUGGCAGUGGUGCCCUGCACGUGGCCACCUGAAGCCACCUGGUAGGUGAGGCAGGUCCAGAAAGGUUGAGGGUCCCGCUGUGCCUUGGCCCAGGGCAUGGCAGCUCCAGGGUCUCAGUGAAGCCUAAGUGUUGGGACCAGGUGCCCGAGUUCCUUUGCGCGCGUAGGCACUGUCUCCUAUUUAAACACAGAUUUAUGCUGCAGAAUAAUAAAAAAUAAAUUUUAAAAAGUUUGCAUUUUCCUACAUUUAUAAAUGUAUAUUCUUAACUGUGUAACCAUCUAUAAAGUAGUGACACUUAUAAAACUGUCAGCCUGAUUACUAUGGCAAACCCCAAGUUUGACUAGAGAGGACUUUCCUUCGUGUGGCUUUCUUGUCCCUAAGGACCUGAGGCCAUUCUUGGCAUGCUUGGUGUCAUAUCUGUGAAGCAGUUCAGGGAGGCGAUCAGAUGUGUUUGGCAGUUAAAUAUGGCAGGAAAUUGAAAUAGGGAGGAAAAAAUCACUUUGAUGUUAGGGCUGUACCACUAAUAAUUCUUAAAAUACAAGGGAAGGAAAGAUUGUGUUCCACAGCCAAUGGUAACUUAUUGCAUAUGCUGUUACUCUUAUUUUUGUUACAUUUUAUGUGUUCAUGCCGGCUGAAGUAGCUUUAUCACAGGGGACUGUUCUUUGCCCUUUUUCCCCCCCUUUGCUAGUGCAAUUCUGCAACUACACUGAAGGUAACAGAUGUAGAAACUUUUUUCUUGUGUGCAUAGCUUAUUCUAUGCUAGAUAGCAAAGGAUUCAGAUAAAUUCUUUCUGAAACUGUGUGGUAUUUGGAGAGUAACCUUGGAUAACGCAAGUGCGCCGUUAACCAGAAAAAAAGCCUCCAAGUGUUUUGAGUUCAAUAAUUUGAAGCCAAGUUCAGCUGUUGCCCAUCCCUGAGACUGCUGAAUAUGUGCGGGUGGAAAAGUCCAGCUUCACCACUUUCAGUGUCGAGAGCCAGGCACUUGCUUAAUGGCUCAUCUGUACAAACCAAGGGCUCCUUUCUCUUAAAGGCUUUAUCCAGCAACAUUUUAAAGGGAAACCUGCCCCAUGGCAAUUCUUCCACAUUAUGUGGAAUAUUUGUCAAUCAUUCUUAUGCUUUUCUGAUGAAUAAGCAGUUGUUGGGACUCUCGCUUUUUAUAUAAAAGUGACAAAUACCCUGUAAAUAAAGUUCCCAGGUAGAUUCUGGUACUGAGUUUGUAAACAGGAAGGCAGGCAGUGUGCUUUUGCAGAACUUGCAAACAGCCCCCUUCUCCCUCCUCCCCCUGCACAUGCUUUCCCUUGAAUUCAGAAGGACAGAAUGAGAACCUAAGAAUCUUAUGAGGUUUAUUGAUAUUUCAGUCUGUGAAUAAUAUAGACAUGUAUGUUCAAUUAUGAAAAUAGAUUAAAACAUUUUAUAAAAAUUGUACAAAUUAUUAAAGUCUAUACCACAUAAUAGCUUUUAAAACUGGCUUGCAAGCCUGGUCUUUUCAGAAAAGUCUCAGCUGUUGUCCUAGAAAGUCUGAUAGGCUGGUAAGGCUUCAAAAUAUUUGUGAUUCUGUAGUUAAAACCAAAUAGAAACCAGCUGAAAUUAGCUAGCAAGUGUGCCUGUUUUCUGCAGAGGUGUCUUUGGGUGAGCCUCAGACAAGUUUCAGCCAGGUGCAGAGCAGACCUGAAAGAUAAAAGGAAGAGAUGGGUAGUCUGUGUGGCAGUGCCUGUGUUUCUCAUUUGUGUCACUUCAGCCUGCAGGCGAGUUCUUAGAAGAGAAAUGCAGAACUGGUUAAGAUUGCAGUAAGGCAGAGUAAACAAGUGCUGUUUCAAAGCCUGUGCUUCCUGUGGACCUGCUGUCCUCACCUCUUUCUAAGCUCAGAAGUCUUACAGGUAGCAAGAACAAGAGAUAUCUGAUUUCUGAAAAACAAGAUCUCCAUGAGCUUUCAAUGUGGCUCCUGUUUAGCAGUAAAUAACUGAGCUCUUGUUCUGGGGCACGUCUAAGAUCCUGCCCCUUUCUCCUUCCAGGAAAGAAGGCGGUGAGUUUGUGCCAGAGAGUGUUUUCUGUGCAGUGUACCCUGUGUGUCCGGUGUGGGCAGCUGUAGCAAAACAGGAAGCUGUUGCCUGGGUGCUGGUAGGAAACCUCUGGUGGGAAGGCUGAUUUGCAGUUUUGAAGCUCUUGCAUAGCUAUUGUUUGUGCUUCCUUGGUAGCACUUGACUGAAUUGAGUGAGACAUCAAACUAUUGGAGCUGGGGGAGCUACCUCGAAUUAAGCCACUGGAGUUCUAAAAAUUGAAUUUAAGAGAUGUACAUGACCUCAGAAAUAAAAAUAAACUUUCUACUUUGGCUGGUUUUGCAUUAGAAGA